AUGGGAUCCUCAAGGGAACCUGACCGGAAUGCCGGAGUCAAAGAUGCCGUGGAAGCUCCCGAACGCGAGCAACCAGAAGGCACCGAAGAAGAAGGAAGCAAAAAUGAUGGCUUGGGCAACAACCCAUCAUAUAGUUUGGCGGGCUCUGGCACGCAGAAUCCAAACAACAACCGUGGAUAUACAGAUGAAGAGUACCAGCAGUACAAUCCUCAGUAUAGCAAAGAAGAUGAUGGCCCAACCUGGAGUUUGGCUCAGCCACUCCCUCACAUUGUCCGGCCUGGCAUGCGUCAUGGCGCCUUACCAGAGGAUCGAAAGGAGGAUAAAGGCGACAUGACAGAGAACGGCCAGGAUCUAGCGUACGCGGAUGAAAUUAGGAAACAGCAGUCGGCGGAAAAUCGAACGAAGAAAGUCAACGAUCCUAAAGAAGAUGGCUUUUUCAAUACUUGGUCGAAAAUUCGUCACCAUCUUCGUGAGCCGCUGGCUGAAUGGCUCGGAACAACUAUGGCAAUGACAAUCGGUCUUUGUGCCACCUUAUCGAACUUCACUUCCUCUGGACAGGCCGGGUCAUAUCCUGCUCAAAGUGUCGCCUGGGGCUUUGGAUUUAUGGUCGCUAUCUACACCACCGGAGGUAUGUCUGGUGGCCAUUUAAACCCAGCCAUCUCAAUCUCGCUGUCUGUAUUUCGUGGAUUCCCCGCGCGUCGCUGUGUGAUCUACAUUGCCGCGCAACUUCUCGGUGCUAUCACCGCAGGGGGUAUAUCAUACGCGAUCUACCAUGACGCCAUUGUUGAAGUCGCCAAGGUAGCCAAAGUGCCUCAGAAUGCAAGCGUCGCCGCUCAGGCUCUCAUCACUUUACCGAAAUCCUUUGUGCAUCCUGCGACUGCGUUCUUCACUGAGUUUCUGGGCAGCGCCAUCUUACUUGGUUCUAUUCUUGCUCUGGGAGAUGAUACCAAUGCGCCUCCAGGGGCGGGAAUGCAGGCAUUUAUUAUUGGGAUUAUCAUUAGUAUUGUGAUCCUUGCACUUGGGUAUAAUACAGGAGGAUGUUUCAACUGCGCGCGAGACUUCGGCCCCCGACUUGUUGCCGUCAUGGCUGGAUGGGGUGGCCAGCUCUUUAAAGAAUACCAUGCAUGGUGGAUUUGGGGUCCAUGGGUUGCAGAUAUCACCGGUGCAUUGUUUGGCGCCUUGGUCUAUGACAUGGCUAUCUUUACUGGUGGUGAGAGUCCAGUCAACUAUCCUCCACGGAGACGAAAACGGGCAUACCGUGUGAGAGCUUUGAAUCUUCGGAAGAAGCUUCGUAUUGGGAAAAAGAAGGUCCCCGAUCUUGAGCACUCUGUUGCGGAUACUGAGCGCUGA